AUGCUGCUGCUGCUGCUGCUGGCGCUGAGCACCCGUCCCACGCAUGGGGCUGUGCACGUCAACCUGACCGAAGGGUGUCAGAUCAUCCACCCUCCGCGGGACGGGGGUAUCCGGUACCGGGGGCUGACCCCCGAGGAGGUGCGCAGCGUGCGGCUGUUGCCGUUCGACUACGAGAUCGAGUACGUGUGCCGGCCCGACCGCCAGAUCAUGGGCCCCAAGGUGCGCAAGUGCCAGCGUGACGGCACCUGGACCGCCAUGGCGCAGCCCAGCCGCUGCUUGCGAACUUGCCCCAAAAUGCACCUGAGCCUGGAGAACGGGCAGGCGGUGACGCGAGGGAUGGAGCGGGUGCCGGUGGAGGGGACGUGGACUGAGUACAGCUGCAACCCCGGCUUCCGCCUGGUGGGCAGCGCCCGCAGCAACUGCACCAAGAUGGGGCGCUGGAGCACCCCAAAACCCGUCUGCGAGC